GGGCGGGAGCGCGUGCGCGCGGCGGCACGGGGCUCGACGAGCGCUGCUGUGGGGGCGCCGGCAGCCGCGGUCGUUUUUAUACCUUCCCGCGCGGAGGCCGGCACCGCCAACGGAAGGGCGGGCGGGGCUGCGCGUGCUGAGUCCCCAGGCUCCGCUGCCAUGAAGGUGAAGAUUAAGUGCUGGAACGGCGUGGCCACUUGGCUGUGGGUGGCCAACGACGAAAACUGCGGCAUCUGCAGGAUGGCAUUUAAUGGCUGCUGUCCUGACUGUAAGGUGCCUGGCGAUGACUGCCCCCUGGUGUGGGGCCAGUGCUCGCACUGCUUCCACAUGCACUGUAUCCUCAAGUGGCUCAACGCGCAGCAGGUGCAGCAGCACUGCCCCAUGUGCCGCCAAGAGUGGAAGUUCAAGGAGUGAGGUGGCCCCAGCACCCACUGCGCCCACCCAGACAGCUUCCCGCGACCUGACACCGCCUCGCAUUGGGACUGGGUGGCCAUGGUGUCUGCUGGGAACGGUCCCCGGGGCUGUUGUGAAGUUGAAAUGAGGACUGGAGCUGCCCUUGUUUUCCAUCACAUUGACACUUUUAUCUAAUAAGCAAAGUUCAUUAAGUUCCCCAAGCCUUGCUGGAGGCCUCUGGUUGCUGGCUUGCUUGGAAUAUCGAUGCAGCCUCGGUGUGUUUUGACACAAAACGCUCAUGAAUAAACAUGUUGAUGAAGCGCU